AUGGAGGACGUGGGAGAGGAUAUGAUUAGUAAAUUGCCUGAAUCCAUAAUUCAUCAUGUACUCUCUCUACUUCCAAUCAAAUGUGCUGUUUCCACUACAGUUUUGUCUAAAACAUGGAAAAAUCAAUGGGUAUGUGUUCCGGUUUUUGAUUUUCGCCAAUGGCGAUCUAUUACUCAUUCCCCAGGGACUGUGGUUAAUGUAGAAACCAGUAACGCGAAUGUGCUCAUACGACAGAAGGAUACUGAUAAGUUUAUGGAUUUUUUGGACAGUACAUUUUUUUCUAAUAAUAACAUGUCAACUAUACAGAAAUUCUAUCUCUGUUGUGAUAUUUUUUUUGAUGCAAUCCGGGUGAGAGAAUGGAUUACCGGGUUAAUAAAGCGUAAAGUCGAAGAGCUUAUGCUUACCGUGAACUUCCCGAAAGCCAAUCCGGUUCCCUCAGACCUUUUGACUUGUGAAUCACCGACAGCGUUGGAUAUUGAUUUUGUAAAACAACAUGUUCUUGAAUUCCCACAGGCAGUUUCUUUACCAAGACUUAAAAAACUUCGGCUUUCCUAUGUUUUAUUUAAGGAUAGGGCAGCGACGCAGAAAUGA